GGACAUGGCGACCGCGCUGCUGGCGGGCGAGAAGCUGCGGGAGCUGAUCCUGCCGGGCGCGCAGGACGACAAGGCGGGCGCGCUGGCCGCGCUGCUGCUGCAGCUGAAGCUGGAGCUGCCGUUCGACCGCGUGGUCACCAUCGGCACCGUGCUUGUCCCCAUCCUGCUGGUCACGCUGGUCUUCACCAAGAACUUCGCAGAGGAACCCAUUUACUGUUACACCCCGCACAACUUCACCCGCGACCAGGCGCUGUACGCCCGCGGCUACUGCUGGACGGAGCUGCGGGACGCGCUGCCCGGCGUGGACGCCAGCCUGUGGCCGUCGCUGUUUGAGCACAAGUUCCUGCCCUACGCGCUGCUGGCCUUCGCCGCCAUCAUGUACGUGCCCGCGCUGGGCUGGGAGUUCCUGGCCUCCACGCGCCUCACCUCGGAGCUCAACUUCCUGCUGCAGGAGAUCGACAACUGCUACCACCGCGCGGCCGAGGGCCGGGCCCCCAAGAUCGAGAAGCAGAUCCAGUCCAAGGGGCCCGGCAUCACGGAGCGCGAGAGGCGCGAGAUCAUCGAGAACGCGGAGAAAGAGAAGAGCCCCGAGCAGAACCUGUUCGAGAAGUACCUGGAGCGCCGCGGCCGCAGCAACUUCCUGGCCAAGCUGUACCUGGCGCGGCACCUGCUCAUCCUGCUGCUCAGCGUGCUGCCCAUCUCCUACCUGUGCACCUACUACGCCACGCAGAAGCAGAACGAGUUCACCUGCGCGCUGGGCGCGUCCCCGGACGGGCCGGCGGGCGGGGGGCCGGCGGUGCGCGUCAGCUGCAAGCUGCCCUCCGUGCAGCUGCAGCGCAUCAUCGCGGGCGUGGACAUCGUGCUGCUCUGCUUCAUGAACCUCAUCAUCCUCGUCAACCUCAUCCACCUCUUCAUCUUCCGCAAGAGCAACUUCAUCUUCGACAAGCUGCACAAGGUGGGCAUCAAGACGCGCCGGCAGUGGCGCCGCUCGCAGUUCUGCGACAUCAACAUCCUGGCCAUGUUCUGCAACGAGAACCGCGACCACAUCAAGUCGCUCAACCGGCUGGACUUCAUCACCAACGAGAGCGACCUCAUGUACGACAACGUGGUGCGGCAGCUGCUGGCCGCGCUGGCCCAGUCCAACCACGACGCCACGCCCACCGUGCGCGACUCGGGCAUCCAGACCGUGGACCCCAGCGCCAACCCGGCCGAGCCCGACGGCUCCACCGAGCCGCCCGUGGUCAAGCGGCCCCGCAAGAAGAUGAAGUGGAUCCCCACCAGCAACCCGCUGCCCCAGCCCUUCAAGGAGCCGCUCGCCAUCAUGCGCGUGGAGAACAGCAAGGCCGAGAAGCCCAAGCCCGUGCGCAGGAAGACGGCCACGGACACGCUGAUCGCCCCGCUGCUGGACGCCGGUGCGCGCGCCGCCCACCACUACAAGGGCGGCGGGGGGGACGCGGGCCCCGCACCGCCCCCGGCCCCCGACAAGAAGCACGCCCGCCACUUCUCCCUGGACGUGCACCCCUACAUCCUGGGCACCAAGAAGGCCAAGCCUGCGGCAGUGCCCGCUGCCCUGCCCACCUCGCGGAGCCAGGAAGGCGGCUUCCUGUCCCAGGCAGAGGAGUGUGGGCUGGGCCUGGCCACAGCACCCACCAAAGAGGCUCCGCUACCUGAGACGGAAAUCCCGUACCCCGCAGAGCCGGCGCGGGCAGGGCUUCCCUCUGGGGGGCCGUUCCACGUCUGCUCGCCCCCCCUGGUCCCCACGGCAGCCCCUCUGUCACCAGCCGGCCUGGGCAAGGCCGAACCCCUCACCAUCCUGAGCCGAAACGCCACGCACCCUCUGCUGCACAUCAACACGCUGUACGAGGCCCGGGAGGAGGAGGAAGGGGGUCCCCGGGUGCCCCAGGACGUGGGCGACCUCAUCGCCAUCCCCGCUGCUCAGCAGAUCCUCAUAGCCACCUUUGACGAGCCGAGAACAGUCGUGAGUACCGUGGAGUUCUGAGGGCUGCCUGAGGCCCGCGGCCCCAGGGUGUGGCCCCCGCCUCGCGUGGACUCGGCCUCGGCUUCGCCCGGCGCCGCCCCAGCCUCCGUCCGCGUGCUUGGGGGCUCGACAGGGAGCCGCCCCGCGGCAGUCGCAGCGCUGGCUGGGCCGGGGCAGGUGGUGGCUGGGGGAGCCGCCGCCCCACCCCCGGACCCGGCGCCCGGCGGUGGGAGGGGCUGCGGGACGAAGAGUUUAUUUUUUUAGUUGAUUUUUGUCCGGGGCCCUGGCUGCGGCAGGAUGGCCCAGCUCUCCCCGCUCAGCCACUCCAGCCCGGGGUGGGCCAAGAGGAAGGUGGGGGUGGUGGCACCAGCCACGCCCAGGGGCCACAUGCUCAGGGGCUCACCCCUCAGGGGGCGAUGCCCUCCGUGGCCGGGCCGCUGGCCUCCUCGGGUCAGAGCGAGACGUGCACUUUCUCCUUGUCGCCUGACAUGGUUCUAUUUUACUGUGAUUACUGUAACUGACCACACUGAUCAUCAGGAGACUCAGACGGCUGGUGCGUGUGCGUGGUGAGUGCGGGCGUGCGCGGCAGGGUUCCGUGUGCGUGAGCAGGUGUGGGUGCAGACGUGCGCCUGGGCACGUCUGAGCCUGUGUGUGUGUGAGUGCGAGCCGGCGUGGGCCACGUGUGAGCGAGGCAGCGAGUCCAGUGCAAUAACCACGACCCCCACCCGGGGCCCCGGCUGCCUGGCCCAGGCCCACCCUCUCCCCGUGGAGCCGGCCGGCGCCCUGCGGGUCCCGCCCAUUACCUCAAUUAACAAGGUAG